UGUAGUUGUUUCGUGUGUCAUGUUGAUUUUUGUGUAUAGACAGAAAUCAGAUUUGGUAUAGGGUACUGUUAAAUAAUUGAAUUAUAUACAUGUAAGAUAAACUGGAAUGUGUAAAGAAUAACGUUUUAAAUUUUGACGAAGAUUGUUAAUGAUUCAUUACUUUACGGCUUUAAUGCCGACUUUAAAUGCCAGGGCAGUGUCAUCUGUAGUGUAUUGUGAUCGAAUGAAAUAAUGGACACCUUCCCUGGAAGUUGGAGCGAAAUUCUUGAAGAAAUGCUUCCCCGAAAUGAGUGUGAUAUUUGUAGCCCACCAUUGGACAUUGGUCCUCCUCCCCCACUGCCUGCAAACUUUCAAGAUAAGGCUAUAUUAUCUGGCAGCUGCAAUGUUUGCAGUUUAUUAUCUGAAGUUGAAAUGAAACCUAUGCAAGUCACGGAUGCAUCUUUACUGCCUGUUGCUGCAACCUUUGUUGUUGGGAUCAUUUUCGUAAUAAUAACACUGAUUGUGCUUCUUCUAAAGAUCAAAAAGUGUCAAGCAUUUGUGCCACAUGCAGUUUGUUGGAUAUUCCCGAGAAAUGUUCUUCCUCACACAGAACUUGCUCCUAGUUCUCUCCCAAGUCCUUCGCCGAGUAUGGAAAAGUUGAAGGACUCUGAUGGUAAACGGCAGUGGCACACUUCAUCACGUUCAUUACAGUCUGAGAAUAUCUAUGAAGUCUGCUCUCCUCCAUCACCAGAUUCCCUUUAUGAGGAAGUUGGUCCUGGCCCCAAGUCAGAAUGUUCACCAUACGGAGUAGUUAUGGUGGAAAAUUCAUUCAAUGCUCUGAAUAAAAAUGGGUUGUCCAGAUCUGCUUAUACUUCAGAGAUAAGCCAAGAUUGUAUGGCUGGUUCUCACUUUCAGCCGUGUUUGAUGCGCAACAUCUCACUGCCUAGUUCUCGAUUUUCUACCUUUGGUGGAAGUGCUCAUGGGUUUGUGAAUCCAGUGAUACGUGAUUCGCAUGUAACUGGCUCACAAACCUUGCGUUCGAGUUUUCGACCAAGAAAUGCACCAGGAUCUGGAGGAUAUGUACAAAAACGAGAAUUGCCACCAGUUCCUGGAGAUAAUAAUUAUUAAUUGAAUAAAAAUUGUAAUUUGAAGCUUUGUACUUCGAAAAAUCAUUCCACCUUUUUUAAGAGCCUGUAAGGAAAUGCAGAUGUACAAAAUUAUAUUGAAUUUAUUUGGACUUAUAUUACUACAAACUUUGCUUUUUAUUUUUACUCAUUUUAUAGAUUUAUUGUUUAUUUUUAAAUUUUGUUUGAUAAUAAUGUACUUUUGAUGGUAUUUUUUGUUUAAAAAUUGCAUAAUAUUAUGCUGCAUUUUGUAGGCUAUUAUUGGCAUUAGUUUCCAGCAGAUGUGCAGAAAAUAUAGUAUUCUCAAUUGAAUGAACAUCUGAAAAAUAUAGUUGCUUUCUUUCUGCUUUAAGAUUAGUUUAAUUUUCUUUUUGUUUCUCUCUUUUCUCAAUUAAAUUUAUAUAUCAUUUAGUAAAGAUUUGAAUUUAUUCAUAUGUUGAUUUUUAUUAUAUUUUGAUAAUUAAAAAAAUGAGAAAUAUAAUUUUUAAGGAUCAUUUCAAAAGCCAUUUUUUAAAAAACUGAUUGUCUUUUACAUGAUUAAAUAAUUUUGAUGAUUCACUAUGCCUUUCUUCUUAUUCAAAUGUAAUUAAAGAAAACAAACAGAAUUACAGCUAAGAGAUUAUUAAAUUCGAACGAUAUAACAAAUUGUAAUAAAAAAUAUGAAUAAUGGAGAAAAUUUUUCAUAUUUAAAAAAUAAAUGUGAAUUUUUAGUUUGUAAAUUAUUUAUUUGUAUACUAUGAUCAUGUAAUUUCUUAAGAUUUGACAUCUUGUGUUUAAAGUCUAGUAUUAAAGGGACCAGCUUUUUUUUUAUGCUGUUUUAAAAUAUUAUAUUAAGGAAAAAAAUAAAUUGUAUCAACAUAUGAAAAACAUUUUUCAAUUAAAAAAGUGUAUAUUUUUUGUUUAAUAGAACCAUGAACAAAAAUAUCUUUCUCAAAAGUGAAACUAGUCUAAAAAUGAUAGAAAUAUUUUAAUAAAUUUACUAUUAUAUUUCCUUUUAGUGUCAGUUUUAUACAAGCAAAAAGUAUUUUAGGUAUGAUUAAAAAUGAUGGUAGUCAUAAAAAAUUUUAAGUAACAGUGUGCUUAAUUUCAAAGCUAAUGUGAAAGUUCAGAUAUUUAUACUAUAAUUAAUGGAAGUUGCUUAAGAGAACUUUCUGCAAGAGUAUUUAGACAUUUAAUACUUAAUAUUUUUUAAUAUUGUUGAGCAUUUAAUGCGUUUAUAAGUUGCACAAGCUACCAUAUUCUCAUGUGUAUAAAUCGUGCUCAUGCACAAGCCACAUCCUGAGUUUUUUUCCUUUAAUUUAGGCAUUUAAAGCCACACCCCUGAUUAUCAUUUGUUUUUUUUGUGGAGAAAAAAGUGUCAUAUGCACGAGAGAAAACACAGUAUUUGUUAUUCUUUUAUGUUUAUUUUUGUGUCAUCAAAAAUCGCAAAUUUGUUUUAGGUAGUGUAUUUGCUAGUGUAUAAGAUGCAUCUCAUAUUCAAAAGUUUUUUUCCUUUGGGGGUGGAUGAUUACUAUAUACCUGAUAUAUUUUUAAUCAAGUUUAUUACAGAAAUAAUAUUUUGUAAUCUUGGUAUACAAAAUUUAUAUUGUUACAAAAAGAAAAAAUGUUUAAGUAAAUUUAUAAUUAUACAACAUGAACUCGAGCAGGUACCUUUUAAUAAAUACUGUACAUUAUGUUAAUUUUCAGAACUUGGCAGAUUAUCAUUUAAAAAUCUCAGAACCGUAGUUGCCACCAUCUUUAAGCAUUUCAUCAUCAUAUAGACUUAGUAAUGGUGCUAGUUUUCUUAGUCUAACAGGCAGAAAUAAAAAAUAUCCUUAUAUUUUAAUGUUGUGUAAGAGCACACUGUUUUGACAAAAUGCAUUUUAUCCAUUUGCAAAUGCAUUAAUUUUGCAUAUUAUUGAGUUAUACUGCAUUUUUAUAGUGUUCUACUUUUUAUAUUAUUAUAGGCAGAGUCAUGUGUAUUUCUUAUGUAAUUAUUUCCGGUUGUAUUCUGAAGUUAUACAUUUGUCUGUUUUAUUUAUUUUAAUAGUUUGUUUUUAAAAAGGUGUUUUUUAAGCUUUUUUUACAGAAAAUAUGUACUAAGUUUUGAAUUUUUAUAUUUUUUAAACUUAUUUUUUUUAAUGUAAUUGUCAAAAUUUGUUGAAAACUUUUGGGAGCUUUAAAACAUAUUAGAAGGUGAAGUCAUUAGUAAUAUUGUGAGACAAAUUAUAGUGUGUAAAUAAGUUAGUAUUUUAAGAAGUAAUUUUAUGCAGCAUUUUAUUCAGAAUUUAUGUCAUAUUUUGAAUUUUUAGCAUUUAUUGUUGUUUCUUCUUAAGAAACAAGUAAGGUAUCUUGUUGUAAGUUUUAAUAUAUUUUUCAUGAAAAGUUGCAAUUUAAUAUGUUAUUCAUUCGCAAUUAAUUAUUAUAUUGAUUGACACAGAUACCAGAUACAUUUUAAUGAAUUUAUCAUAUUUUUCAAUUAAAUUUACAGAUAAUAUGAAGCACCGUAAGUCGAACGUAAUUCCCCUUCCCCUUUUUGUAUUUUUUCAUUGUGCACCUGCUAUACAUUUUAGUGGGGGGUUUUUAAUGGUAAAUUGUUUCUGGUUGUAAGAAUAGUUUAUAAGUCGUGCAUACAUGGCAGUUUUCCAUUAUGCACAUGGACAUGGUACUUUUCUAUUUUCUUCUUACAUAUUGCCCUGGCAGAUACAUAAUGGGAAAGUACCUUUUUUUCUUUUAAUCCAUUAUUUGAAUCAGUGCCUUUACAUUUUGUUGGAGAAAUUUUAUUCUAAAAAACAUGAUUAAUUCUGCAAUGUAUUAAAAAUAUUAUUUAAGAAAUGAAGGAUAUUGGAGGAAAUUUUUUAAGAUAAUUUAUGCAGCUAAUUUCCUAUGCAAUUUUUGUAUUCCAUAUUUAUGCAUGUUAUAAUUAUGCAAGAGCUAUAAGCAUUGUGAAUGUUUAAAGCAAAUGUUCCAGGCAGACAAGUUAGACAAAGAUAUCUAAUUUUACCUGCAUUAAUAAAAAUAAUCUCAUUUUAUUAUUGUUUAUUAUAUUUAAGUGUAUGUGAUUAUAAGGCAUUAAAUAAUGUUUUCUUUUAUUUGGCUACAAGAUAUGAAAAAAUGCCAGUUUAUUAAUAACAGAAGGAGUGUUCCAGAUAAGAAUGAGAUUUGAGAUCUUUUUAACACAGCACUGUGUAAAACUGAAAAAUUUAAUCGUAAUACUGUAUAAUUAGUUCUUUUCAGUGUGAACAUUUAAAUUGUUUUUAUCCUAUUUUUUGUUUGAAGGUUUGUUAGGUUUUGCAUGUCUUAGUUCAGUGGCCUCAAACUGUGGUUGUUCAUGGGCCACAUGCAUUAUCUGAAAACAACUGACAGGCCAGAAUUUUCAGAAUCUUGAAUUUUAACACUUUAUAUGAAACAAAUUCAUAAUUGGAAUGUCUUUGUAUGCGACCAGUCAGUUUGGGAGCAGUGUCUUAACGAAUGUUUUAUAAAUUGGCUUUCAGUAAGUUCUCUUAAAAUUUGAAAUUGUAGUAAACUUUUAUUAUUGAAGUUAAAUUCUAUUUAAAUGAGUCUAGUGUUGAGGCUUCAUUUCUUUCUUUUGUUCUUAUUUCCUUGUAUUAAGGAAGUAUGGUAAUAGAGAAAAAUGUUUGGUAUCAUAUUUCAAAAGAAAUAUCCAUUUUGACUAUAAGUAUCUAAGGGACUCUUUAUUCCAAAAUGGAUUGUAAAACAGAUUCAGAAUAAAUUUUUUCAUGAUAUCUUUUUGGAUGUAUGUAUCUUACAUAACGUAAAAAUGUUUAGCCAUAGAAUGUUAAAAUGUUGUGUAUGCAACUAUUACAACUUCUACUUAUGCACCUCUCUUUUUUAUUGCAGUUGGCAGUACCCAGUGUAUAUACACAACCAUACGUCUUACUUUGCUUAAAAUGACCCGGCCUAUAUUUUUGCAUUUGUUGGUCAUAUUUAUAUACUUCCAGUCUUUAAAAGUCUCUAUAAGUCUUUUAAAUGAUGAAAAUAUUCAUAUUUUGGCUAUGUCAAAUUUAAAAAUAAUUAAUUUUGUACAAAUAACAAAAUUUAACUAUUACUGCAAUCUUCCCGUUCCUAUAUACAUAUUUGGAAAACCUUUAUAUCCUUAUGUUUAAAAAAAUUAAAAAAAAAAAAAAAAAAAAAUACAAGAGGUUUGUCAUCUAUAUGACAAAAAUUGAGCAAGAUAUUUAAUUUUAAAAUUUGCUGUAUUUUCAACUUGCCGUGAGGGAUUGGUUCAUUAAAUUAGAAUAAUUAAAGAAAAUAAGUUUAACUGAAGUACAACAAAAAAUUUUUACAGUUUAAUAGACCAUACAGUGAAGCCAUGAUAUCCACAUCAGAUUCCUUUCAUUUUGAAGCAUUUGCUUUUAAUAAUGCUCCAAAACCUUUUGAUAUCUGUAAUCUUGGGGAUACGUUGAGCUGUUAUUCUACUUUGACACAGUCAUUUUUUUCGUUGUUCAAAUAGUGGGAUUAGGAUUAAAUGCGAUUCUUCAUUUUUGAUGAGUUUGAACAUACUUUUGAAUGGAAUCAGUACUUAUAGAUUUGAAGUCAGAUUUCUUUGCAAAAAUUUGUUGAUCUGUUUUGGAUUUAUGAGCCAUCAUUUUGGGAAUUCCAGAUCUGUAAUUUGAUGAAGAUGUGAUAUCUUCACUUUUUGAGCAAUUUGGCAGAUAGAAACGCCCAUUAUAAAAAUGUACUGUUAUGCUUUUAAUAGUUUUCAUUAAAUCAGGUGCUAUUUUAUAAGCAGUUGUAAUAUUAAACAUUUAAAUAAUGUAAUUUUCUCAUUCUUAUCUGAAAUACUCUUAAGUUUAUGAUUAUGUGCCUGUAUUUUAUAUUGUGAUUCAAAAAGAAAGAGCAGUAAAUGUUAUGUUUAUUAUUUAAUUUAAAGUGGAUAAAAUGAUGACCAAAGGCUGUAAUGUUUCUGUUAAUAUAUUUUUGACUCAUUUAAGAUCUGUUAGAUAUCACCAAAAUUAUCUGUUGGUGUCUAUUUAAUACUUAACAGCAUGUCCAUUUUACUGAUUUUGCAAAGAGUUAGUGUAAUUUACUUGAAAGAAUUAUAUUUGUUUGAAUGAAGGUAUUUUUUUAUAAACUUAAUGCCUUUGAAGGUCUGUUAACUCUUACUGUGUUUAAAAUACUGUAUGAUGCUCAUUGAAAAGCUAUUUUAAAAAAUCAUUUGGGUUUUAAAUUUUAAAAUGCAUUUUUUUAUUAUAGUAACAAUGUUUAAAAUAAUUUUCAUAUUUUGUCCUCAUAUUGGCCCAAAUAUAAAAUGCUCUCACAUGUAAGCUUUGCGUGGAUAAAGUUGUUUUCUAAAGGGAGAAAAUAAUUAUAAGAUGAUCUCUCAUUAUGAGCUUGGGGUGUCGAAAGUGUUUUACAAGAAAACAAAAUGAAAUUGACUCGAUAUCUUAAGUUUAAACUAAGUAAAUAAGUUUUUAAAAAAUAACAAUACAAAACUUAAAGGAAGUGAACUAUUUGAAGUGUUCAUUUUUUCUGUUUCACAGAUUUCAUGUCCUGUUAAAGGGGAGAAUGUUGCAAAUCCAUUUGAUAGCAAUUUUUGUUGCAAGUCUUGUGUGCACAGUCCGGUGUGUGUGUGAGGGAAACAUGCUGUGUCUUGAAAAAUUAAGCUUUUAUCUUUAUUAAAUAACAGCAUAACUGUACAUGGCAUUAAUUUAUGAUGUAAUUAUAUCACAGCAAGUUUUUUUGUACCAUCUGCCAUCUGGCAUUACUUUGUUGAGUAGCUCAUUUUAAAUAUAUCUGUUCUAUAUUUUAAAUUUCUGUGCUUUUCUGUUAUUAGGACCUGAUUCAGAAAUGUGUGUGUGUGUGUGUGUGUAUGUAUGUAAGAGUAUACACAUGUAAACGCACAUACAUACAUACAUUUUUUAAUUUGAUCCCAAUAACAGAAAAAUAGCUGGAUUGCUUAAGGAUUGAUUGUUAAACUAGUCGGCAUCCCAUGAUUGUUUACCAUAAAAUUAUUUCAGAAGUUAAAUUAGCAAAAGAUCAGGUUCCAUUGUUUUUUUAAAUUUAACUAUUAAAAAAUAUGUGUUAGUUUGUAAUUAUUUUUAUUUAUUUAUUUUUUAGUAUGAAAGAUAAGGAAGGAGAGAUUAAAUAUCUUAAUACAUUUUUUAAAUAUUAGGCUGUAUUUCCCCUUCCCUCCCCCAGAAAAAAAAAACUUUAUGUGGGCCAAUAUGCUAGUGUAAUUCUUUUCAAAAGUUAGUAAUUGAAUAUAGUAUAAUAUAUGUAUGGUAAUGUGAGCAUUCGAAAAACAUUCCAGAAGUUUUGAUAUUUUUUCAUUCUUUUGGUACUUUUCUAUUAUCAUGACCGGAUUUGGACAUGUAUGUAUGUGUAUACACAUGCACUCAUAUAAAUACAUUCAUAUUUCUGAAUCUGGUCAUAAUAAUAGGAAGGUACUAUUAUUUCUGUUAAGUAUUAAAUUGAAAACUUUAAUUGCUGUCAAUUUUUUUCACUAAAAUUAUUGCAAAGACCAGUGCCAAAAAAUUAUGUAUUUAGAAAAUACUAUCAUGCUGUAUUCUUUGGUGUGUGAGGAAAUAAUUUACUUUCCAUCAAAACAUCUGUGUGCCUGUUUUAAGAAGUUUUUGCAGUUUUCUUUUCCAGGAAUGUCAGCAAAUUAGUUUUGAUAACUAUUUAGAAAACGAAUUUACCAAAAGGGUUAUUUCCUUGCUCAACUAGUGCUAUAUCUGUACAUUGCUGUUUCAGUGGUUUAAUCUGAGCUUCAAAUUUUUGACUUUUGAAAAAAUGCAUGAAGAAAAAUGAAUAUGUGUCAAUUUUCAGUGGUUGGUGUAUAGUAAUAGGCUAGUAUUUCAGCUGCAUAUUUUUUGGUAGGGUUGUAGAGAUUUAUUAUAGUUAGUAUUUGUAAUUCUGUGGCAUAAUUAUAUUCUGCGAUUUUUUACCAAUAUAAUACCGACUUAAACACUUUAUAUAUGACAAAGGUAUUUGAAAUUUUAUUCAGUAUUUGAAACUCUUGAGGAGAAAGUUGAAAACAUGUUACCAUUAACGGUAAAAGAGAAUCUGAAGAUUGACUUUCGUUUUAGUAUGAAAAGGUUACAGAUAUUUUAACAUAUUUACUGCCAUCUAUGAGAAUACUCGUAGUUAGCAAACUGAGUUUACUUACCAGCUACUUAGCUAACUUGUUAUUGAUCGCCAUACCUAAAUCGCCAAGUAUAAACGUUUCCGUAGCAAAUGCUUGCAACAUUUAGUUAUUUGGUGUGGAGGAAAGAAAUAAACAAUGCAUUUUGCAAACUAAAGCGGAUAAUUUAUUUCACUUGGGAGAUCGUGUAGUGAUCUGGUCAAAUUCUUGUUCAAUGACUUGCAAAAUUAAUAGAAAAUAACUUAUCAUGUAGACGUUUUGCGUAAAUGUGCAGAAUGGGUGAGUAUUAAUUACCUAUUUAUGUGUUAUUUAGUAGUCAGCACAGGGAGCAAAAGUAUUAUUUCAUGCCAACUACGAGUAUACAUAUAGAAAUUUAUUUACUGCUAAAAGGGAUCUGUCAUAUGUAUAUUUAAAUAAUAAAACAACAUAAAAGCAUAAAAACACAAAUAGGAUCUUGGCACCUGUAAAGGGACUCACCAUUUCAGCUUUGGCAGUGAACAUGUUAAGAAUGUAGUUUGAAUUAGCUUAAUAUUUUCUAAUUUGGCCUAAUUUCAAAGACAUUUUUUUAGAGUUCUACUGUUGUGCCACCUAAUCAGUAUAUCUACUAAAAAAGCUAGUAUUGAUCUUUGCUAAAAAUAGCAUUUUGUGCAAUACGGAACUUGUGAGGUUGGCUGAUAUGUGUGAAUUAUUAAAUUUAAAUAACAAUGUCUAAUGUGUGUUCAUGUGAAAUGUCACAAUAUGUGCAUUUUCAAAAUAUUAGUUUGCAAAAUCAUUAAUAUCAUUAUCCCAUUUUAAUGCAGUUUGCUUAUAUAGUACAUUAUUUGUAGUUUGUAUACUUCCCUCUGAAAGUUAGUGACUUAUUUCAAAUGUACAAACAUGAUGGACAUGCUUAAGCAGUUAUCUAAAUAAUUCUGUUUAUUCAUGUAAUGAAAGCUUUAUAGUUUAAGAUUUAAAUAUUUGUUUUACUUUUAUUCUUUGUGUAUUUAAAUUCAUUAAUAAGAAAUAAGAUAACAAUUUUAGGGAAAAGAUAAAACCUCUGCAUAUGAUUGUGGUAAAAAUUUCUUCUAAACCGUACAUUUAGAAUUAUUUGUGUGAUGUACAGAUUUGUAUUAGUUAUGUGAUGACAUGAAAAUGUGUCCUAAUUAACACUUCAGCGAUUUCUUAAAUGUUAUCAAGGAGAAAAUUUUAUUGGUAAGAAAUGUAUAGAAAAUAUGUCGAGUACUGUUUAAUACCUCAAUGCUUGCUUAAAUAUUAUCAAUGAGAAAUGUACUUAAUGUGUGUGUGUGGUAGAAGUUUUGUGAAUUAUUGCUUGUAAAAGUAGAUCUGCUUGAUCUUUGCCUAUGCCAUGAAACUGUUUUUUAUUGUAGUAUUUAAUUUUAUUUGGAUAGAGCCAAGAUUAUUCUAGUCAUAAGUUACAAUGUUAGACGUUCAUACAUGUAUUAUGCCACAUUUGUAGAUUGUGCAUGUCGAAACUCAGUGACUUUUAAAUAUUUGUCAUGUAUUUUUGUGAUAAAUAAAAUACAUGGUGCAGUUGAUGUA